CGAAUGUGCAGGGUGGAAACCAGUACAUUAUUAAAAGACACACAUGUACCAUAGAGAUACGGCUAGAAAGGCUCUUUGACCCGCAUAUGGCGGCAUUCCAAAUGGAACCCGGAAGUGUGUAUUUUCGGAUGCAGGUGCUGCCAUGGAGCCUCCAGGGGUCCUGAGAGUCCUGGCGGAAACGGACUGGUCUGAACCAUGGAUCUUAGGACUUGCAGUUUUCCACAUAGCCUGCCUUUUUCUCACUUAUUUUUCUUUCUGGCACUACCGCCUGCAAAUAGGGCAGUUUCUUUCUCUCAUGAUUCUGGUGUUCUCUGCAGAAUAUCUAAAUGAAAUGGCUGCUGCAAAUUGGAGAUUAUUCUCAAAACACCAGUACUUUGAUUCAAGAGGAAUGUUUAUUUCCUUAGUGUUCUCAGCACCAUUAUUGCUGAAUGCUAUCAUCAUUGUGAUUGCUUGGGUUUAUAAAACAGUGAAUGUCAUGACAGAACUAAAGACUAUACAACAGAAAAGAAAAGCAAGAAGAGAAAAUAAGAAAAGUCAAUGAACAUUUUUUAAAAAUUUGUAAUUGUGUUUGCUAUUUUGUUCUUCUUAACAAUGUGAUGCUGAAAGGCUGGAAUAUUUAAGCUCAUUUCUUAACACUAUUGUGCUAUCUUACAUAUUUUUCUUUACUUUUCUUUCAAAUGAAACUGUUCACUCUUGUUUUGAAUAUGUGUCUAAAUAAAAAUGCCCCUGAAGCGGACCACCAUUUAAACUAGUAUGUUUGAGCCAGUAGUAAACCAUUUUAUUUGAUGAAUUCUGUUUUGUACUGUACAUGACUUGAAUGUAUUUCUAUAGACUAAUUAAGGUAUUCUUCUUUCAUCCAAGGUAAUGAUGGAUUUUGUGCAGAAAAGCUGCCAAAAUGCUAAUCACAUACCAAAGAUUUUUUUUUUUAUGAUUUCAUCCAUUCCACGUCCUACCAUUGAAAACCAUGAAAGACAUUGGUGCUUGUGGCAAAAAACAUGAUUGUCAUUCAGUUGGGCAUCUAUAUAACAGUUUGUUCUAUAGCACAGAAGAAACUAUAAUCUUAAACCUAGUUGUUCAGAUGUAAAUUGCAGAUUUGUUGAUCUAAUUGGUCUAAGCCACUGUUGUGUGUUACUGGACAGUCUACUGCAUUUGUAAAUUUUGUAACUGUAAAAUUUUACAAUUAAAAUUUUUUUUCUUUA